AUGAGCAGCCUGAGCGCAAAAGUCAAGGAACUCCUCGGCGGGGGCGACAGCUCCAAAGAGGACACCGCCCACCACACCCCAGGAGCCUUCCCAACUGAGGACAUGGAGCCCAGUGAGACUCGAGAGGGUUACUCCAAGGGCCAUGAGCAGAACAAACUUCACAAGGCAAACGACCCUAGAGGGUUUGCCGAGGGUGACAGCACUGCUCCCCAAGGCCAUGCAUACAAAGAUUCUGGUGUCGGAUUGACCGAGUCGCAUGACCCUGCUUCCACUUCCUACAAACCUACCCAAGAGCCAAUUUCCGAGAGACAGAACGAGCCUCUGGGCCUGUCGCAGGGACAAAAUGAUCCUCUCCACAGAACAACCGACUCCACCACCGGUGGUCUGGGCGGCACUUCAGCUGCUGGCUUGGGAGCUGGAUCUGGAACCAGCGGCCUCGGAGCUGGUCACAACCUUGCAUCGCGAGAGAGUACCAACCUCCCAUCGCAAAGCACCGACCCCUCCUCACAACACCACACCACAGGGGCUGGGUUGGGAGCCACUGGGCUAGGAGCUGGCAACAACCUCUCAUCGCGAGAGAGCACCAACCUCCCAUCACAAGGCAUCAACCCCUCCUCGCAGGAGCACACUACAGGAUCCGGAGCUGGAGCUGCUGGCCUGGGAGCUGGUAGCAACCUCGCAUCUCGAGAGAGUACCAACCUCCCAUCGCAAAGCACCAACCCUUCCUCGCAAGAGCACACCACAAGCACCGGCGCAGCACCCACCCCCUACUGGGGCGAUCUUCCCCGCGGUGCAGCAGGCGCAGGCGUCCACAACACCGUGAUCGGCCACGGCAGCCCCGAGGACGAACGUCACCGAGCCACCCAGGCUGGCGCAACCGAUCCAACCCGAACAUCCGGCACUCUCGAGAGCGGCACAUUCCUCCACCGAAACACCCGCGACGAGUCCUCCACCAACACCAACCCCGUCGACUCGCUGACACACGCCCAGCAGAACCCCAACGAUCGAACAUCUGGAUCUCGCUUCACUGAGGGUGUCGCUGGUGCUGGCACUGCUGGCGGUGCUGCUCUUGGAGCCCAUGAGCUUAGCAAGAAGCAUCACGAGGAGACCCCGCGUGAACAGACCACCGACAAGACUCAGCAUGAGAAGCAUGAGGGUCGAGCGUUCCCUCUGCUAGGCAAGGACCACAAAGACACGCACAAGGAGUCUCACCACAAGGAGGACAAACAUGACAAGCAUGACAAUGAGCCCAAGAAGGAGAGCAAGCUUAGCGCUCUCCUUCACCGACACAAGGACGACAAGGAGCCCACGGCUGAGCAUGAGCAUGACAAGGAUAAGCACCAUUCCAAGGCUGCUCCCCUUGCUGCUGCUGGGGUUGGAGCUGGUGGUGCCUACGCUGCUACCCGCGGCCACGAUGACAACACUCACCGUGACACAACCACUCACCAGAACCCCUCUGCCACUCAAGGUACAACCCAGUACCCUGCCUCUGGACUCGACUCCUCCAGGGACUUCACCCAGAGCAGCCACCCCACGCAGCAGCCUGGCCAUGAUGAUUCUCACCGAAGCGCUGGACUUGCCACAGGUGCUGCAGCCGGUCUUGGAGCUGGUGCUCUGGCAUCCCACCACGGCCGCUCUGGCGACGACCGAGCUGGACACCAGCCUACCUCUGGGUACGACUCGCAGAGCUACGACCCUACGCAGCGCUCUACCCACGACCCAACUCUGCAGUCUUCUCAGGGUACUCACCAGGGUCAUGGCCUUGGAGCAGGCACUGCAGCUGGCCUAGGCGCAGGUGCACUUGGCUCUCACUCCGGUCACCACUCCAGCUCUGCCCAGCCUUCCGGUCUUGAGUCUUCUCAGCGAUAUGACACUCAGGGAAGCCAGCCUGCCAACUUCUCUCAUAGAGACCCCACUGCCCAGAACCCAACCCAGUCCCACGACUCCCACCGUGGAGCCGGUCUUGCGACUGGUACUGCUGCGGGAUUAGGUGCUGGUGCUCUUGCGUCUCAUGCUGGCCGAGAUCACCAAUCUGGUACUUCUGGUCUUGAGUCCAACAGCGGACUCGACUCCAGCAGAGGACUGGAUUCUAACAGAGGCCUCGAGUCUCAGACUGGUUACCCCAGCAGCACUACCCAGAACCCGACCCAGUCUCAUGAUUCUCACCGUGGAACUGGUCUUGCUACUGGUACUGCUGCAGGACUUGGUGCAGGUGCUCUUGCAUCUCACUCCGGUCGGGACCAUCAGUCUGGUACCUCAGGUCUUGACUCUAGCCGAGGACUUGAGUCCAGCAGAGGUCUUGAUUCCAACAGAGGUCUUGAGUCUCAGACCAAUUACCCCACCAGCACCACCCAGUCCCACGACUCCCACCGCGGCGCUGGCCUUGCUACUGGUGCCGCUGCGGGAUUAGGCGCCGGCGCUCUUGCAUCGCAUUCUAGCCGGGACCACCAGUCUGGUACAUCUGGACUAGACUCCAACAGAGGUCUUGGCUCUCAGACCAACUACCCUAGCAGUACCACCCAGGACCCAACCCGCUCCCACGACACCCUCAAGGGCAUCACUGCCGCUACCGUAGCUGGUAUUGGUUCCGACCAUCACGGUUCCGACCAUCACUCUGGCCUUGAGUCAAACCGCGGAAUCGAGCAGGGUACCCACCACUCCUCUCGAGACCCAACCUCUCAGUCCUACCAGCCUGAGGAUUCCCACAGAGGUAGUGGCCUUGCCACAGGUGCCGCUGCUGGUCUAGGCGCAGGAGCCCUCGCUUCUCACUCUGGCCGGGACCACCACUCUGGUGAGCACUCUGGCCUUGAGUCGAACCGCGGAUUACAGUCGCAGGGCCUUUCCUCUACUGAGCGCUCUACCAGAGAUCCUACUUCUCACUCCCACCAGGAGGGCUCUCACGGAUCUGGACUUGCUAGUGGCACAGCUGCUGGUCUUGGUGCUGGCGCUCUUGCGUCGCAUGAGGCUAACAAGCACCACGGUAGUGACCAGUCUGGUCUCGGAGCCACUGGCGACAACUCCAGGGGACUUCAAUCUGGCCUCACUGGCGAUAACUCUCGGAGUCCCCAUUCUGGCCUCGGUGCCACUGGCGAUAACUCUAGGGGACUUCAGUCCGGCCUCACAGGUACCGGCUCCGGCAUUGGUAACAACUCAGCUUCUUUGACCGGUUCUCACAGCCAGUCAAACGAGGGACACAUCAACCCCCUCACCGACAACGCCAACCACGGAAAGUACAACACCCUCGCUUCUGGUACACCCUCAGGUGUCGCCUACGACGAUUUUGAAGCUAGCCGAGCUCCCGUUGAUACAACCCAGAGCAAGGACAGCAGCAAGGACAGCCACUUCGGUUCUAAGGCAGCUGGCCUAGGCGCAGGCGCUGCCGCUCUCGGAGCUGGAACACCUGGUGUCCUCUCCCACGACAGGGACCACAAGCAGACUGGGGAUCUCAGCCGUCACACUGAACCCCAGACUGAGCGUGGACUUGAUCGUCAGACUGAGUCCCACAAGCCUAUCGCAGGCGCUGUGGCUCCUGGAACCAGCACCGGCAGCAACAAGCCUGUUAUCCACAAGUGCAAGAACUGUGGUGAGGACAAUGAUAUCAGCGAGUACUUCAAGUCUAAGUUGCCUGGAGGAAACUAA